AUGUAUGGACAGUAUGUUGACUUGGUCCGCCCCUCGACAGGUACCAGAAGCGUCUCAACCUUGACGCCUUCCCAACUGGCUCGCAAACGUGCCAAUGACAGAGAAGCCCAGCGGGCCAUCAGAGCCAGGACAAAGGAGCACAUCGAGAGACUCGAGCGAGAGCUCGAAGAGCUCAAGAGCGAACGUGGCCGCGAUCAGAGUCAGACCGUCCAGGAGCUUUUACGCAAGAACAAGGCCCUUGAAGAGGAACUGUUCAAGCUCCGUGAGAGCAUGGGCGUUCCCAACGGGCAGUCCUACCCAAACUCAGGUACGGCUGCCUCCUCAGUCGCCUCGUCUUCUGCGUGGUUGCCUCUUGUUCGUGCUGACUCGGCUCCAGUAUAUGACGACAACCUCAGUUCCAUCAGCGGGGCCGUCCCAAGCCCUCGAUCUUCGCCGUUCCCUUCCAACGGUGAUUACAACGUGAUGCAAGAACUCGGCUCCUCAUACGUGCCUAUGCCGGAUGCAUCAGAGUCAUGGGGUCCAGGCAUCCCCGUUUCCGUGCCCUCCACUGUCUCCAGCCCGUCAUCUUCCGCCAACACGGACGAGUACGGCGCUGGCUACAUCCCCACGAGCGUCCCCGCGCCUAUGAUGGACGCUCGAAGCAUCCCGGCCAAGAUGGACUACGACGAAGUUGACUCUGUCGUGGAACUCGUACCCAACUCCAGUGUACUAUCAACAACCGUCGGCUCACUGAUCCGUCAGCCCGGCACCAUCCUCUGGGAGAUUCCGACGCUCAUCGUCCCGCCCACAUGUCGAAUCGACCAGCUCAUUGUCGGCUUCGUACAGGACUGCCGCCGACUGGCCCAACUGAAAUCCAUCGACACGCUCCUACGGCCUACUAGGGUCAACGUGAAGAAUUUCCUCGAGUAUCACCCGGCCUCGCCCACAACAGAACCCCCACGGUGCCAGCUAGCCGACCUUGACCGAGCCGCUUCCACAAGGGUCACGGGGCCAGGUGUUAACCACCCCAUCGCCGAGCUAAUCACCGCUCUCGUCAAUAAGGCGGGCGUCACAAACGUCAUUGAGUGUCUCGCAGUCUUCGCCGUCACUCAAAGGACUGUCGCCUGGCUGGUACACCCAACACGUGAGGCGUAUGCCGCCAUUAUGCCGGAAAUCACGCCCAAGCCUUGCCAAACCAGCAUUCCGCAUCCUCAGUGGAUCGACCUCAUACUCUGGGCUCCUCUGCGUACUGCACUUAUCGAGCGGCAAGAGGUGUACGCCAAUGAAGAGUUUCAGUCCGUCUACUCGGCCAGCCUAAGAUUCAUCAACUGGCCGUGCCGACCUAUUGACGCACUGGUAGUCGACCCGCAAUCCGGAGAGAUGUGGCUGAGCGACACGUUCACGGCCCACGCAAUGCGUAUCGAAAACUGGCGCCUCAAUGAGAACUUUGUUCGACGCUACCCUGAACUUCGUGGCUGUGUUGCCGUUGAAGGAUCUUGA